UGGCAUGGGUACCAGCUCUGGCAGUUGGCAUCAGUGUCACUGCUCUAAAAGAGAAGAACAGGGAGAGACGGAAAGGAAGGACGGGCCGGGAACGCAGCGCGUUUAUGGAACAUGAAAUCUGCAUGACCCUAAAUCCAGGACCAUGCUGACCACACCUUUGGAAGCUCCCGCUGCAAUGCACCAAAGUCCUUUCGGGGAAGCCCUGCCCGAGAGCAAGGUGCGAAAGCACGAGCCGCGUACCCGCGCGCCGGACCCCGCGCUCACAGCGCAGGACAGGGACGCACGGGGGGACACUUCGGACAAGGAGGAGGAGGACGACGACGAGGACCGCGAGGAGGGGGAGCGCGACGAGAACGGGCAGCCCAAGAGGAGGACGUCGCGCAAGAAGAAGAUGAGCAAAGGCCGGCUGGACAGGGUCAAGCUGCGGCGGCAGGAGGCGAACGCGCGCGAGCGCAGCCGCAUGCACGGCCUGAAUGACGCGCUGGAGAGCCUGCGCAAGGUCGUGCCCUGCUACUCGAAGACGCAGAAGCUGUCCAAGAUCGAGACCCUGCGCCUGGCCAAGAACUACAUCUGGGCGCUGUCGGAGACGCUGAGCGCGGGCAAGAGGCCCGACCUGCUGGCCUUCGUGCAGACCCUGUGCAAAGGGCUCUCGCAGCCCACCACCAACCUCGUGGCCGGCUGCCUGCAGCUCAACGCGCGCACGUUCCUCACCGAGCACAACGGGGAGGCCUCCUUCGCCGGCGCGGCCCCCUACGACACCGUGUACGCGCCUUACUCUGGUGCGGACGUGGGCGCGCCCGCGGGUGGCGGCGGAGGCGGCGCCGGCGUGGACGGCGGGAAUAAGCCCUUCAGGCCGUACAGUUACUGCGGCGCCUAUGAGUCCUUCUACGAGAACGCGCCCCCCGAAUGCGCGAGCCCGCCGUUCGAGAGUCCGCUCAGCCCCGCAAUUAACUUCAACGGCAUUUUUUCCCUGAAGCACGAGGACGCGGCGGACUAUGGUAAGAACUGCCACUACGGCGUGCGCUACUGCGCACUCCCCGGGCGCGCGCCCGUGGGCCAGGGCUCCGUGUUCAGGGUGUCCUCAGAAAGCCAUUUCCCGUACGACCUGCACCUGCGUAGCCAGUCCUACGCCGUGCAGGACGAAUUAAACGCCACUUUUCAUAAUUAAUGAAGAGAGCGUGCAUGGAUUUGUCAGCACAUUAUUGACGUCAUGUUUAUUUCUUGCUUUAUCGCAUUAAUUAGACUUUGCAUCGUGUUUCUCGGAAUGUGCAUUUGAAUUUUUAUUGUGUUUAUUUACUUGUCCUAAAAAGUGCCACUGAAUGGCUUUCUCACGGAAAUAUACUUAACAGGACAAAUUUUCUGAAUUAUACUAAAUUAGUGAAAUACGGUUGCCUACUUUUUCGUGGUUUGACACAGUUUCUUCUGUGUUCAUUUAACAUUUUUAAAUAUCCGAUUAUAGAAGAGCAGUAAUGCAGUGAGCAAUAAGGCGAAAACAGACUAUGCAACAAAGAAUAUUAGUCGACGAAGUGAUUCUUACAUCAAGUUUAAACUGAGUAAAAGCAAAAUUGGUUUUACCUUUUUAAAUAGUGCACUGAUCAAAUAAUCGGCUUGACCUAUUCAUUACGGAAGCAUACAUAAUGAGCAGUGAAAGAGAAUACGGGCCUAAAUCAAUAAAUAAAUAAAAUAAAAUAAUUAAUAAAUAUUACAUAUCUUAUAUAUGUAAGUGGCCAUUGCAUUUGUUUAAAUGUAAUAGGUUUGAAGUCAUUUGGAUAAUUGAGUUUGAUUUUUCGUCUCCAAGAUAGUACCCUUUGCACACACAAUACUUUUGCAGUUAUACUGGAAAGUACUCUAGUUGUAAAUUUUGUCGCAUAACUUUUGAAACACUGUAUCUGUACAUAGUUGUGUAACUUACAUGCAUAUACAGUGUAGACAACCCUGGUAACAUUGUUGGCUUCAUAGCUAUUUAUAUAUGCAAUUUUUUGUUUCUGUUGGUCUCACUUAGAAUUUGCAAAUGUGAAAAAAUUAAAUGUUAUUAUAUAUUUAUCUUACACCGCAAAAGUCGCUGCAAUUUAUAUAUGCAACUUUUUUGUUUUGCGUCUCACUUAGCAUUAAUAAAUGUACCGGUUUUGGUGUAUUAUGAAUUAUGUUGAUGUCUUGUCCUUAGGUAGUUUCUAAUCAUGUCUGCAAGCCUAUAUGUGGAUUCUAGAGAUGAAACCUGUGGAAUAUUCUGGGACUUUAGACUGUAGGCUACUUAGUGUCUCAUGAUUUAAUACCGUGAUGAAAUUCCUUGCCUUAAGUUAGAAGAACUAUUGGGCACGUGUCACGUGUGCAAUGGCAUGGUAUUGGGUGCUGUAAAUCAUGGCUUUGGCCUCUGUACAGGUGGCAACUUCCUUCAUUUUUGACUAAAAGUUUUUGUGGGAUGAAAAAAGCGUACUGCACUAAAACAUCUGUUC